AUGGCCACGUUCACGGAGACGGAGAUUACUCCCCUCUUCGUAGUCGUGCCAGCGCCGGAUGCCAUUGGCCCCCGCGCCGCCGCCGUCGCCGUCGCCGCGGCGUCUUCAGUCGUGCCAGCGCCGGAUGCCAUGGACCCGCACGCCGCCGCCCUCGCCGCGGCGUCCGUGAAGAUGGAGGAGUUCCGCCGCAACAUGCUCGACUACACCGAGAAGAUGACCAGCCUUGGAUUGAUACCCUCGCGGCCACCACCCAAGCGGUGGUUCCCGGGCCUCGCUGGGUGGUUCUCGCGCCUCGCGCGGCUGUGGCGCCAAUUCUUGGUUCGAAUAAAUCCCAACUUCAUCCGCAUCCGCCCCAAUCAGCCGAUGGAUUUCGAAGAUAUCGACAUUCUUCAACGACGAGGAUUGCCGGGCUGCUUCGAGAAAUUAGCUAUGGAUCGCCAGCUUGUCAAGGAUUGCCUGGACCACUACAACCGUGAGCAUCCGGGCAAUGACUAUGAGCCUGUUCUUGGCAACGUGUCCCGGAAUCCCCAUUUGCACAAUGGCAUUUGCUGGACCCAUGGGAACUUCGUGGCUCGGAAGAAGGGCUCUGGUGUCUUCUCGUUCCUUACUGCUCCACGGUCUGUCUUCUUCUACGAGCUUGCUUACAUGAAUGGUUUCCGUGGAGUUGUUACAUGCACCCCCAGGAACCAGCCUACAGUGUCUUGGGUUACCCUCUUUGGUGGGCUACACGUACUAGUGGCAAAUUGGAUUCCUUUUGCAAGACAUGCUACUGUCGAUUUGGUAUUCCACGUCCUGGCGUACAGAAGAUAUUUGCUUGUGGACAUAACAAUAUGGCGGAAGUCUGUGAAAUGUGCUAUUGUCGCUCCCAUGCGCUGCAUCCGGACCCUGGAGAAUUUGCGUUUGGCUAUCACCAUCCUUACCACCCCUACCCUAAUAAGCACUGAUAUUACCGAUCGCAGUGGAUGGGGAACUGGCUUCUUAGCUUGCUACUUAUUUGGUGCUUAA